AUGGCUGGACAGGCGCCGCCCGCCCUAGGAACUGUAUCGGGCGGCGACUCGUCCUCCGUCAAACAGGAAUGUGUUAAUUCCCCCAGUUCCGGUUUGGGUACUGGUGUCACGGCGACAACAGCUGGGCCUGCGCUGCCUGGGAAGAAGCGAGCGAGCACAUCCUCACGAGGAGUCGCUAAUCUCACCGCAGAGCAACUGGCAAAGAAGCGGGCGAACGACAGGGAAGCACAACGGGCAAUUCGAAAGAGAACGCGCACCCAGAUCGAGUUGCUUGAGCAGAGGGUGCGUGAGCUGACCUCGCUGCAGCCAUAUCAGGACCUACAGGAGGCACUGCGGCAGAAACAUAUCCUACAGGCGGAGAAUAAUGAGAUCAAGCGGAGGCUCGCCUCCGUUAUGGCGACCCUCCAGCCGAUUCUCAAUCACUCAGGCUCUCUAGCAUCGACGAUACCACCAUUAAGCCCCCAUAGCGAAGUUUUUCCUGCCCGCAGAACCAAUUCCACCUCCCAUACGGAUAUCCCUCCAACUCCGCCGCCCCAGCCAGACCACAAUUCUCAGCAUGGAUUGCCCAGUGAACAGCCUGAUCGACGUGUACGGAAUCCCGCCAGCGUCGAAUCUAUAAAUGGGGCCGCUGCUGCCUAUUCAAGUUCUCCUACAACGAGUGUGAGCCCAUCUCCGUCAGCCUCUACUCAAGGACCUGGCCAUUUACAAAGCUGGCAGCAGAAUCCUCCCACCCCUCGCAACACUGACCAUGGUUGGCCAUCGCAUACUCAGCUCUUUGACUACCAAAAGCGCAACCUUACACAUAACCUUGAGCUUUCAGGAAACGGCGAGAGACUAGGAUUCAAUUUUCUUCUGGAUUCAAACCAGAAUAUACCUAGGAUCAACGACUUCCGUCUUAGUAGUUCGUCCUCCUCCAAUGGCUCCUUGCCGUACGAUGGCCGUCUGAACAAUCCUUCAUACAUUGAUUCCAACAUGUGUCCGUACUCGAUACCAAUCCGCAAUGUCGAGCCUACAUGUCCGCUAGAUGGCAUUCUACUUGAUUUUCUUCGCACCCGCCAGCGUGAGGCAGCCGAAGGUGUCCCUAACCGACAGCUUAUUGGCCCUCCUUACCCAAGUGUCUCUUCCUUGCUCAACCCAGCUAAAGGAAUUUACUCACAUCCUCUUUCAAAAGUAUUUACAGACAUUCUCAGUAAAUUCCCCAAUAUUUCCAAUUUGCCUGAACAAGUCGCUGUCCUAUACGUCAUGUUCCUUCUCAUGAGGUGGCAGAUAUACCCAACGCGCGAGAAUUAUGACCGUCUCCCCGAGUGGAUGACACCACGAACAUCGCAGAUCGUCACACCGCAUGCAGCGUGGAUUGACUAUCUCCCAUGGCCUCGUAUGCGUGAUAGGAUGGUCGCUUCAUAUGCCGACUACGAUUUCUCCAACUGGUUUAUUCCCUAUACGACAGGACUCAGUCUGAACUGGCCUUACGAACCAACCGAUACCCUACUAGCCACCAAUGACUCUGAAGAAUUAAUAAUAAACCCAGUCUUCGAACGGCAUUUGCGUGAUCUGAAUAACUGGUCUCUCGGAACGCUCUUUGCAACCACAUAUCCUCAUCUAGUUGACACAACUCGAAUUGUUCCAGAGUCGAACCACCAAAAGCAGCCGCCGAAGUAG